AUGUACUGUUCUGAAUACGGUUUUGAUUAUUGGGCUUCACUAUUUUUAGGAUUUAUAUUGUCAAGUAUAUGGGCUUCCACGGAUGUCUGUGCCAUGGAUGCACUAAUUUGGUACUGUUUAAUGGCCUUGGUGAAUGGAGUGUAUACCGUCAAGCUAUGCAAAAAGUUUAUGCCUCCAACAUUAUCAACAGAGUUGAUGGAACUGUAUCUACGAGUGUUGAAACCGCUUAAAAUUAGUCAAAAACAUUUCCGAGAGCUUACUCGUGAAGCAUCUAUUAUGGAAUUGACUCCUGGACAAUGUUACGCUGUUGAGGAUGUCACUGCCAGCAAUGAACGCUUAUCAAUUUUACUCAGGGGCAG